ACCGCUCACCCCUUUAUUCACACUCUGUUUUCCGACUGACCCUCAGAGGGGCCGGGUCAGAGGCGGGCUCUGUCUGGACAGCAGUUUGAUAAACAUGUAAACAAACCCGGAGCGCCGCCGCUCCGCGCUGGGCUGAGGGGGCUCGCAGUAAUGUUAAUGUCCGGCUAAUGUCCGGUUAAUGUCAGGGUUAACGCUCUUCAGCGGUGGACGGAGUACUCAAACCAUGUACCUGAGUUAAAGUAGAGACACCAAGACGUUUUCUGCUGCUUCAAGUGUUCAUUUCUGUGCACAGCUCAACUUUAACAUCACAAGAUGUCAUGAAGUGACUGCUGAAACUAGGAAAGUAACACAGCGAAUAUGGCUUCCAGACGAAGCGCCAGCCCACAGCAAACAUCCUCUGGUGCGUCUCGCAGACGGCUGCCGAAGAGCAAGGAGAAGGAGAUGAUCCAUCAGUGCUCCGACUGCGGGAAGAGCUUUCAUCUGGAGAGUCGGCUCAAAAUGCACAUGCGCAUUCACACCCGAGAGAGGCUUUUUUACUGCCUAGACUGCGGGAAGGGGUUCAAUCGACAGAACAAUCUCCAGAGGCACCGGCGCAUCCACACGGGAGAGAAGCCGUUCCGCUGCUCGCACUGCGAGAAGAGCUUCAGUCGGCUGAGCUACCUCCAACAGCACCAGCGCAUCCACACGGGAGAGAAGCCGUUCUACUGCUCGGAGUGCGGGAAGAGCUUCAAUCAUCAGGGUAACCUCAUCCAGCACCAGCUCAUCCACGUCGGAGAGAAACUGUACCACUGCUCGGACUGCGGGGUGAGUUUUUAUCACCAGAGCAACCUCACCAAGCACCUGCGCAUCCACACGGGAGAGAAGCCGUAUUACUGCUCCGACUGCGGGAAGUGUUUCAACCAGCAGAGCACUCUCCUGACGCACCGGCGCAUUCACACCGGAGAGAAACCCUACGAGUGCCCGGACUGCGGGAAGAGCUUCAACCACAAGAGCAACCUCCAGAGACACCAGGUCAUUCACACGGGAGAGAAGCCGUACGAGUGCCCGGACUGCGGGAAGUGUUUCAGCCGGCAGAGCAGCCUCCAGCUGCACCAGCGCAUCCACACCGGAGACAAACUGUUCGAGUGCGCAGACUGCGGGAAGAGCUUCAAUCAGCUGACUAACUUCCUAAGACACCAGCGCAUUCACACUGGAGAGAAACCGUAUUACUGCUCAGAGUGCGGGAACAGUUUUAAUCAGCUCAGUAGCUUCCAGAUACACCAGCGCACUCACACGGGGGAGAAACCCCACCAGUGCUCAGACUGUGGGAGGAGUUUUACUGAUCAGAGUCUUCUCCAGCUGCACCAGUACAUCCACACAGAGGAAACACUGUACGACUGCUCAGACUGCGGGAAGGGUUUUAACCGCCCGAGUCAUCUCCAGACGCACAAGCGCGUUCACACGGGGGAGAAGCCGUAUCGCUGCUCAGACUGCGGAAAGCGUUUUAAUCAAGCGGGCAGUUUCCAAAGGCACCAGCGCGUUCACAGAGGAGAGAAACCGUUUUACUGCUCGGACUGCGGGAAGAGUUUUAAUCGACAGAGCAGCUUCCAGGCCCACCAGCGCAUCCACACCGGAGAGAAACCGUAUUGCUGCUCAGACUGCGGGAAGAGCUUCAAUCGGCAGAGUAGUCUCCAGCAACACCAGCGCACUCACACAGGAGAGAAGCCGUAUCAGUGCUCGGACUGCGGGAGGAGCUUCAAUCAGCUGAGCAACCUCCAAACUCACCAGCGCGUUCACACCGGAGAGAAACCGUAUUACUGCUCGGAGUGUUGGAAGAGUUUUAGUCAGCCGAGCAGCCUCCAACAACACCAGCGCAUUCACACUGGAGAUAAACCGUAUUACUGUUCCGACUGCGGGAAGAGCUUUAAUCGACAGAGCAGCUUCCAGCUACACCAGCGCGUCCAUACAGGAGAGAAACCGUAUCUGUGCUCGGAGUGCGGGAAGAGUUUCAACCAACUGAGCAACCUGCAAACACAUCAGCGCAUCCACACGGGAGAGAAACCGUAUCAGUGCUCGGACUGUGGGAAGAGUUUUAAUCGACAGAGUCACCUCCAGACGCAUCAGCGCAUUCACACAGGGGAGAAACCGUAUCACUGCUUUGAAUGUGGGCGGAGCUUCAGACAAACCAGUGCUUUGAAUACACACGAUUGCACUAAGAGGGAGAUAAAAACUGAAGAUGUAGUUUUCUUCAGCUUUUUGAGCACAGCUCCACAAUCACAUCAAAGAUGCUUUCAAAAGGAGUAUGUCAAACUGCUCAAAGUACGUAUUACAUAUGAGAAUAUGGCGUCCAGAAGAAGCUCCAGUCCUCAACAAUCGUCCUCUGGUACUCCAGGCAUUAAGGCAUCUCACAGAGGCAUGAAGAACGAUAGAAAGAAGAAGAAAAUUCACCAGUGCUCGGACUGUGGGAAGAGUUUCGGUCAGCAGCGUCGUCUCCGACAGCACCAACGAGUCCACGCAGGAGUGAAACCCUGUCACGGCUCAGACAGCGGGACGAACAGUCUCCGAAAACACCCUGGAGAGAAGCCGUACCCCUGCCCGAACUGCUGGAAGACCUUCAGUCGAGAGAGUAACUUCCUAAAGCACCAGCAGAUUCACUCAGCGGAGAAACUGUACUACUGCUCAGAGUGCGGGAAGAGCUUCAGUCGGCAGGGGAACCUCCAAUCGCACCAACGCAUCCACACCGGAGAGAAGCCUCAUCGCUGCUCAGACUGCGGGAGGAGGUUCGCUCAUCUCGGCAGCCUCCAGAGACACCGGCGCAUCCACACGGGAGAGAGGCCGUACCACUGCGCACACUGCGGCAAGAGUUUCAACAAUCAGAGUAACUUCCAGACGCACCUGCGCAUUCACACCGGAGAGAAACCGUAUUACUGCGCCGACUGUGGGCGGAGCUUCGCUCAUCAGUGUAACCUCCAAACACACCAACGCAUUCACACGGGAGAGAGACCGUAUUACUGCUCGGACUGCGGUCGGAGCUUCGCCCAUCACAGUAACCUGCAAACGCACCAGCGCAUUCACACAGGAGAGAAACCGCAUCACUGCUACUGUGGGAAGAGUUUUAAUCAACGGAGUCAUCUCCGGACACACCAGCGCAUUCACACUGGAGAGAAACCGUAUUAUUGCUCAGAGUGCGGGAACAGUUUUCGUCAGCAGCGUCUUCUCCAGACGCACCAGCGCAUUCACACUGGAGAGAAAUCGUAUCAUUGCUCUGAGUGCGGAAAGAGUUUUAAACAACACACUCAUCUCCAAAUGCACCAGCGCAUUCACACAGGAGUGAGACCAUAUUACUGUUCAGACUGUGGGAAGAGUUUUAUUGAUCAGAGUGCGCUCCAGAAACACCAGCGCAUUCACACGAGACAGAAACCGUUUUACUGCUCAGAAUGCGGGAUGAGUUUUACUCAACAGAUUAACUUCCAAACACACCAGCGCGUUCACACAGGAGAGAAACCGCAUUGUUGCCCAGACUGUGGGAAGAGUUUUAAUAAAAGGAGUAGACUCCAGAUACACCAGCUCAUUCACACAGGAGAGAAACCGUAUCACUGCUCAGACUGUGGGAAGAGUUUUAAUCUUCAGGGUAACUUACGAACACACCAACGCGUUCACACUGGAGAGAAACCGUAUCGCUGCUCGGACUGUGGAAAGAGUUUUACUGCUUUCUGUAAUCUGUUAAAACACCAACGCAUUCACACAGGAUUCUCUCCAGACAAAGAGAAAACUCACCAGUGCUCGGACUGCGGGAAGAGUUUUAAUCAACAGAGUCAUCUCCAGACACACCAGCGCGUUCACACAGGAGUGAAACCGUAUCAUUGUUCAGACUGUGGGAUGAGUUUUAAUCAUCAGGGUACGCUCCAGACCCACCAGCGCAUUCACACAGGAGAGAAACCGUAUCAUUGUCCAGACUGUGGCAAGAGUUUUAAUCGGCAUAGUAGUCUUCGACAGCACCGGCGCAUUCACACGGGAGAGAAACCGUUUCGCUGCUCAGCGUGCAUGAAGAGUUUUAGUCGGCAGAGUAGUCUUCAGCUGCACGAGCGCACUCACAGCGGAGUGAAACCGUAUCCCUGCUCAGACUGCGGGAAGAGUUUCAAUCAUCAGAGCAACCUGCUAAGGCACCAGCGCAUUCACACAGGAGAGAAACCGUAUUACUGCUCGGAGUGCGGGAAGAGUUUCAAUCAGCCAGGUAGUCUCCAAACGCAUCAGCGCAUCCACACGGGAGAGAAGCCGUAUUACUGCUCGGAUUGUGGGAAGAGUUUUAGUCAGCAGAGUAACCUCCAGCAACACCAGUGCGUUCCCUCAGGAGACAACCCCUAUCCCUGCUCAGACUGCGGGAGGAGCUUUAAUCAUCUGAAUGGUCUCCAAACGCACCAGCGCGUUCACACCGGGGAGAAACCGUUUAACUGUUCAGACUGUGGCAAGAGUUUUAAUUAUCAAAGUCAUCUCCAGCUGCACCAGCUGAUCCACACCGGAGAGAAACCAUUUCUCUGCUCAGACUGUGGGAAGUGUUUUAAUCGAAAGAGUCAUCUCCAGACACACCAGCUCAUUCACACAGGAGAGAAACCGCAUCACUGCUCAGACUGUGGGAAGAGUUUUAAUCGGCGGAGUAAUCUCAAAGCUCACCGGCGCAUUCACACGGGAGAGAAGCCGUAUCGCUGCUUUGAAUGUGGACGAAGCUUCAGACAAACGAGGAGUUUAAAGAGACACGAGUGCGCUAAGAAGAAAGUUGAAAACUCAUGAUGUGAUGAGUUAGUGAGAUAUAAUUUUGUAAAGGUUAACCCGAAUUAUGUAUCAUUUAUCAUAUACUUUUCUCUCUCACCCCAGAUUUCACCUGCUAAUACAUUUUUGAUGCUUGAAAUCUGCUGAAAGAUUAUUCGUUUUAUGUCAGAAUCGCAAUUGAGGAGUGCAAUUUUCAAAUCGCAAGAGCUUGAAUGUUUUAAAGUAUGGUCUGUAUUAUAUUACAACAUUAUCUUAAGUUUAAAUUUAUCCUAAGAACAGAGCUUGAACUACCUGUAGAGGAACUAGACCAAUCAGAGGCAACCAAACAUCACAACAUCAGUGACAUCACAACCACAACUUACUGACAGUCUGGCACACUACAUUCAGGGUUCAAUCCUCAGGCCAGAAAAGGAUAUUCUGGUUUUCUUAGCCAAAACAAAAGGCAUUUGUAUUUUCUGAUUUCUAGAAAACAUCCACAUCCACAUCACAGUUGCAAUAUUAGUCAGAAUUGCAAUUAGACAUUUUUUUCCAAAUCAUUCAGCCCUACAAACAAGUAACCUAAGCUUAUACCCCAUCAUACUAACGCUGUGUAUGCCUAAAUUGUUGUACACUUGCCUCCACAUACAUGGUUUGGCUGAAUAAUGACAUUCGUAUAUUAACAGUUUCAUAGUAGACAUAUCAUUAUUUUAGCAUCAGCUAAAGUAUCUGUUGAUCAAUGAUAUCCAACACUCCCCUUUUCAAGAGCUACUGUCCUGCAGAGUUUUGGUGUGGUCACUGGUGCAUCUAAUCCAGCCAAUCAGGAACUAAUAUAGAAGUUAAUUAGCUGGAGCAGGUGUGGCAGAUUGUGGUUGGAACUAGACUCAACAGGAUGGUAGAUCUACAGGAGGAGGGUUGGAGACUACUGGUAUAUAUACAUGCCACAUAAUAGAACAAAAAAAGGAAACCUGACUUUGCGAUCAAUUCUUUUUGUGAGAAUUCUUUUUGUCUGUUGAUGAAGUAAGUACAGCCCUGGCUUUGGGAGAUUGGUAUUCUGAUCUGGGCUUUGACUAUGCCAUUCCACAACCUCCAUUUCCUCCUUUUGAACCAUUCCUUGGUGGAUUUACUUGUAUGUUUGGGAUCAUUAUCCUGUAGCAUAGUCCACUUCUUCAGCUUCAGUUUUUUGGCAGAUGGUCUGACGUUGUCCUCAAGCACUCCCUGAUAUGAAAGAGUAUUAAUUCAUAGUCGAUUCUGUGAUUGCAAGUUGGCCAGCAAAGCAGCCCGAAACCAUAACACUGCCACCACCAUGCUUUACAGUUGUUACAAGAUUCUUCUGAUCAAAUGCUGUCUUUGGUUUUUGCUGAUCAUGGCUUCUGGUACUGUGACCAAACAACUCUAUCUCUGACUUGUUUGUCUAUAGCACAUUGUUCCAGAAGUCCUGGUCUAUGCCUAGGUGUCGGCAAACUUUAGCCUUGCUUUGAUGUUCGUUUUAGACAGCAAAUGCUUCCUCCUGGUGCAGCUCCCAUGUAUGUCAAAUUAUGACUUUGACAUCCAACUUUGACAACCACAGUGGCAAGAGCUACCUGCAGAUUCUGUGAUGAAAUUCUGGGAUUCUUAAAGCAUCUUAAGGUCUGCUCUUGGGUUAAAUUUGCUGGGGCAGCCUGGCCUGGAUAUGUCAGCAAUAGUUUGAAAUCUUCUUUAUUUGUAGAUGAUCUUCUGGACAGUGGAAGGAUUGGUUUCUAAUAUUUUGGAAACACUUCUCAAACCCCUUCUCAGACUCAUAGUCAUCUGCAACCUUCUUUCUGAAGGCCUCAGAGAGCUCCUUUGGUCUAGGCAUGAUAAUACCCCAAACUCCAAUAACUAAAGAGCUGAUCAGAUAUCUGUUUAAAUAAGACAAGUUCCUCCAAGUUAUUCUCUAAUAGUGUUCUGAUCAUUAGCAACUAAACAAAUGCACCUGAUUUUAAUUUGGCACAUUUAAGACAGUGAUAUAUGUAGGGUUGUACUUUUUUUCAUAUCAGGAAACUGCAUUUAUGUUUAUUUCAGUUAUAUAAACGAUGACAGAAACGUUAAUUGUAGAUCUCACUUGUUAAAUUAUAUCACCUUUAUCCAUCAACAUUGUUUGAAUGAAGACUGGAUAUGUGUAUGUCCAAAUAUGCUGGAAAAGUCUGUUUUAUGGGGUGAACGUACUUCUUUACAUAACUGUAUAGCACUAUUCAUAAUGUACACUGUCUGCAUCUAAGUGUAAUCGAUGACUUGUCCCAUUUACCAUCUAUUUCUCAGCCUUUAGGUGAUAAUCACUAUACAGCGCUCCAUAACUGUGGUCAUAUAAUGGAUUAAAAAUGGAAAAUAUUCAAAAAAGACACAAACUGCAAGUUUUUGGAAUCGAUUCCUAAUAUACUAAGUCACAGGUUCAUAAUGAUUAGCAUAAACUUGGAAGAUCUGUAAUGAGUAAUUCCUAAAUGUGUAGCCUGCUAAUUAGCUCAGUUAAUGGAAAGACAUUAUUCACAAGCUUUAAACUAAGUUAAGUAAUGGUCAGCUUAACAGACAGCUAGAGGACUUUGACAUUGCUAGUAUUACUAAUUUUGGCCAGUUUUUGCCAACAUCUUUCGCACUUCAUUCAUCUUGAGUAACCUGCACAGGUAAGGAGGACAGGAUGUCAUGUAUGCUCUGCUUCUUUCUACCUAACCUAGUGAAGCUGGUGGGACAGCAAAACCACUAGGGUCUAAACUAGAGGUCGUCAGUCUUCAAAUCUGGACCUUGAAUCCAGUCUCUGGUCCUGUAUUUGAUAAUGAGUGGCAGUUAACUGAACUAUUGAUGGAACUCAUUGUAAGUGUCGGAACCUGGAUUCAAGGUCUAAAUUUAGAAAGAUGGCUAAAUUUAAAAAAGAUGGUUAUUUAAGGGUUCAUUAGUAAAGACAGUGGUUCUGUAUAGAACCAUGAACAAUCAAAGAACUA